CAGGAGAACAGGUGAUGGCAGCUGUUCCUCUAACAUUGAUGGCAGCUCAAUCCCAGGAAGCAGUGACGUUCGAGGAUGUGGCUCUGUAUUUCACAAGGAAGGAAUGGACACAUCUGGACUCCAAUCAGAAGGCUCUCUACAGGGAUGUGAUGCUGGAGAAUUAUGGGAACAUGGUCUGGCUGGGAUUUCCAGUUUCCAAACCUGACCUGAUUUACCAGCUGGAGCAAGGAGAAGAGCUAUGGGCCUUGGAUCUGCAAGGAUCUGAGGAAAGAGAGGAGACCCUGAGAACCUCCUGUACAGAUUAUGAAAGAGAGACUGAGAAUAUGUGGUCAUAUGGAGAAGAGGAAACUUCAGAAGAUGUACAAUUGCAUACUCUAUUGCACGGAAGGAUGUCAGAAUUAUUCCUAAUGGAUAUUCCUCAGAAACAUAAUUUUGGAGAAAUUUGUGGAUCUGACAGGUUAGGAAAUCAUCAGGGAAACUCUGCUGGGAUGAUUCUGAGGGAAUCCCUUUCCCAAAAAAUUCAAUUUAGGCCAGUAAAUAUGAUCCACAAGAAAACGGCUCACGGAGAGAAAGCCCAGGAAUAUAAAGAAUUUGGGAGAAACUUUGGCCUAAAUCCAAACCAUAUCCCACAUCAGAGAGAUGUUGUAGGAGAAAGAGCCCAUAAAUGUUAUGCUUGUGUCAAAAGCUUCAAAUAUAAUUCUGACCUUGUUCUACAUCAGAGAAUUCAUACUGGUGAGAAACCCUAUAGAUGUGAUAUUUGUGGGAAAGGUUUCAGUCGGAGCUCACAACUUAUUCGACAUCAGAGGACUCACACUGGAGAGAAACCCUAUAAAUGUACUGAAUGUUGGAAAGCCUUUAGUCAAAGUUCAACUCUUAUUCGACAUCAACGAAUUCAUACAGGUGAGAAACCUUAUACAUGUAAUGAAUGCGGGAAAGGCUUCAGUUGGAGCUCAAGACUUAAUCAACAUCAGAGCAUUCAUACUAGAGAAAAUCUCUAUGGAUGUGAUCAAUGUGGGAAAGCUUUCAGUCGGAGCUCACAUCUUAUUCAACACCAGAGAAUUCACACUGGAGAGAAACCUUAUGAAUGUAAUGAAUGUGGUAGAGCCUUUAGUCGGAGCUCACACCUAAUCCAACACCAGAGAAUCCACACUGGUGAGAAGCCCUAUAACUGUAAAGAAUGUAGUAAAGCCUUUAGUCAGAGAGCCAACCUUAUUAAACAUCAGAUAAUUCACACUGGUGAGAAACCCUAUAAAUGUAAAGAUUGUGGUAAUGCAUUCAAUCAGAGAGCCAACCUUAUUAAACAUCAGAUAAUUCACACUGGAGAGAAACCUUUUGAAUGUCAGGAAUGUGGAAAAGCCUUUAGUCAGAGCUCUCGGCUUACUCGGCACCAAAGGACUCACACAAAAGAAUUCACACUAGAGAUAAACCCUCAUAAAUGUGCUACCUGUGACAAAAGUUUCAAAUACAAUUGUGAUCUUAUUCAACAUCAGAGAAUUCACACUGGAGAGAAACCCUAUAUUUGUGAUGAAUGUGGAAAAGGUUUCAGUCGUAGCUCGUUACUUACUAGACAUGAGAGAACUUGCACAGGAGAAAAACCUUAUAGAUGUAGUGAAUGCUGGAAAAGCUUUAGUCAAAGCUCACAUUUUAUUCAACAUCAGAGAACUCAUACUGGAGAGAAACCCUAUGAAUGUAUAGAGUGUGGUAAAAGCUUCAUUCAGAGCUCACAGCUUAUUCAACAUCAGAGAAUUCAUACUGGAGAGAAACCCUAUGGAUGUAAAGAAUGUGGGAAAGGCUUUAGUUCAAGUUCCCACCUUACUCAGCAUAGAAGAAUCCAUACUGGAGAAAGACCCUAUGGAUGUGAUCAAUGUGGAAAAGCCUUCAAUCAAAGUUCACACCUUAUUCUACAUCAGAGAACUCACACAGGAGAGAAACCCUAUGAAUGUAUGGAAUGUGGGAAAUGCUUCAGUUGUAGCUCACACCUUGCUCAACAUCAGAGAAUUCAUACUGGAGAAAAACCUUUUGAAUGUAAUGAAUGUGGUAAAGCUUUUUGUCUGAACUCCCAACUUAUGCGACAUCAGAGAACUCACACAGUAGGAGAAAAACUCUAUAAAUGUAAUGAAUGUAACAGAGCCUUUAGUCAGAGUUCACACCUUAUUCAGCAUCAGAGAAUCCAUACAGGAGAAAAACUCUAUAGGUGUGUUCAGUGUGGGAAAGCUUUCAGUAGAAGUUCAAACCUUAUUCGGCACCAGACAACUCACACUAGAGAGAAACCCUUCAAAUGUCAACAGUGUGGAAAAACUUUUAUUCACAGCUCACAACUCAGUAAGCAUCAGAGAUUUCACACAAAAUAAUUGUCCCUGGAGAAAAACCUGUAAAUGCAAUUGAAGAAAUUCUGUCAAUCAACAGGAGAUAAUUUGUAUAAUCCUUGGCAAGUCAUUUGAGCCCCAAUAUCCUUAUCUGUAAAGUGGGACUUGAAUUACUGAUAUCACAGAGUUGUGAAGAAAGCACUUUGCAAAUAUUAAAGCACUAUUUCAGUGUAUGUUCUACAGUAACAGAUAUGGCAGAUCCUUCAAUGUCUGCUCAAGCCUUUAUUCAGUAUUUACAUCAGAAAGUUAUUCAUGAUGUAAUGAAAAAGGGAACACAUCAGCCAAUAUUGCUUUUCUAGGAUUGUAAAAUUAUAAGAUCUUACAUUUAGAGUUGGAAGGUAUAUCAAAGGUCAUCAAGCCUCUCACUUUACAGAAAAGGAAACUGAGGCCCAAAGAGAUUAUUUGCGCAAGAUCAUGUAGGUAACAAAAGACAGAGCUAGGCUUUGAACCCAGCUUUUCUUGACUUAUAAUCCAGCAUUCUUUCUGAUGCAUCAAGCAUCCUCAUAGAAUCUUUGAAAUUGAAUGCCUCAGAGUUCUUCUAAUCCAAGUUUUACUGGUGAGGAAACUAAAGUCCACUGAGGUUAAGUGAGUUGCCCAAAGUCACCCAGCUGGUGAGUGGCAGAGCCAGGACUAGGUCUCAGUUCUCUCAAUUUAUAAUAUAGUCUUCUUUCUAUUAUACUGUGUUGCCUCCAAGAGUUUAGAAUUUGUAGAAGUAGAAUCACUAAAUCACCAGCACCCUAGAUAGCCUUACAGGACAUACAAAAAAAAAUUUUGAACAUUCAUUCUUUUUUAUUCAUUUUGUUUUUUCUGCUUUUCAAAGGCUAUUCAUAUUAUAUUCAUUUUGCCCAAGGUCUGAAAUCUCUAGAGAAUAAAGGAGUAAACUAAUUAUGUUUCCUUUGACCAUGGUAGCACAGAGAGAAUACUUUAUCUCUUCUGUUACCUUUUUAAAAAAAAUUAAUUUCUUCUUCCUACUACUCCCACUUCCCUCAGCAGCAAAUUUUAAAAAUAAUAAGUUCCCAAUACAUAUAUAUGUAUAUACAUACACAUCUAUAUGUGAGGGAUUGUCUGGUGUUAGCUACUGCCAAGUGGAGGUUGUGGCAACAUGGGACAGGAACUGGGUAUUAGGAAGUAACCAGAGCUCACGCUCCCGAGGCAGGGGCUGUGCUAGGUGGAGUUGUGGUGUACUGAGAUGGGAUCUGGAUACGGAGAAGCAACUGGAGCUCACGCUCCUGAGGCAGGGGCAGUGCUAUGUGGAGCUGUGACAAGCUGGAGAAGAAACAAGGU